UUAUAACACUUUGAGCAAAUAAAGAUAUUAGAUUGGUUUGGUUGAGUUUAUUCCAAUAAACAGCUUUGAUCACAGACCUAGUAUUUACUACAACAAAAAAGUGCUAUGAAACCUAAUCUUUGAAUUUGAUAACUUUCAAUAUUUUGAUGUAUUCGUGACAUAAAGCAUGUCAAAAUUGGGUUUGGAAGAAUCAUUACUAAACAUUUUCGAGUUUGCGUUCUAAAUUUUAUUUAUCAUGUGAAUAUAUCAUUAUAGUUUUGAAAUGUUUUUUGAAUUUAAAUUAUACCGAAGAGUCCCAAAAUUAUUUUUCUUCAUUAAUCCUAGUAGAGCGAAAGUAAUAUAGAAAGUUCUUUAUCUCUACCUCGGCCCGAUUUGUAAAUUUCUGUGUAAUUGUCAUUAAAUGUAAUUGUAACGGUGAAUUUUAGUUUUGUGAAACUAGAGAAGCAUUUAUCUGGGCUGAAAGUAUAUAAAACCUGAUUUAAAAAAAUGGCUCUGCAAAAUUUCAAGUCGCUUUUGUACAUCGUUCGCAUGUACGCUACGCGGAUGCCGGAGGUGAAAUUGGAAGAAGCGCGUAGGUUUAUGGAAGAGAUCUUUAUGUCUGUAGACGUACCGGAGCGCGAGGCUAAGGCGCAUGCUGAUCUGUUACUUCACGCUGAUUCAGUUGGCCAUAACAGCCAUGGAAUGAACCGACUAAAGUUUUACGUAAACGACUGUAAAAACGGUGCAUGUUGUCCAGCGGCAAAGCCAAUAAUCUUGAAUGAAACAGGAGCGACUGCCUGGGUCGACGGUUGUUAUACACUCGGCGCGACUACAGGAAACUUCUGCAUGGACCUAGUCAUCAGAAAGGCAAAAAAAUGUGGCAUAGGAUGGGUCGCAGCUAAGAAUUGUACCCACAACGGCAUGGCCAGCUACUGGGCGAAGCGAGCUGAAUGUCAUGGUUGUAUCGGGAUGGCUUUCACAAACACUCAAGCUGUUCAGGUUCCAACCAGGUCGAAAAGGAGGGCGUUAGGAACUAAUCCUAUAUCAAUUGUAGCCCCGGCAAAUAACAAUGACCGAGUAUUGAUAGAUUUGGCUACUUCAACUGUUGCUAUGGGGAAGAUUGAAGUAGCGGCAAAAAAAAAUGAAUCUAUACCUUUGGGUUGGGCUCUGGAUUCUAGUGGAAAACCAACUACUGAUUCCAAGGCGGCGCUCAAGGCAGCGCUGCUCAUGCCUUUGGGCGGAACGGAGAAAAACAGUGGUUUCAAGGGCUAUGCACUCGCCGUCAUGGUCGAGAUCCUCUGCAGUGCACUAUCAGGUUCGAAUCCGUCGCAUAAAAUCCCCGAGUGGGACAAAACAAGCACCAAGGGCCCGCAGAAGAUCGGCCACUGUUAUGCGGCCAUCAACCCUACAUGCUUCGCGCCUGGCUUUAAAGACCGAGUCUCUGAACUUCUCUGUACAUGGAGGGGCUUAACACCCGUUGACCCAAAACGGCCAGUGCUUGCUCCCGGGGAUAUGGAGCGUAUGAGACUGAAGGUGACCAAGAAGCGAGGGACCGUCUUCUAUCCCCAGAGAGACAUAGAAAUCUUGAAGGAACUGGCUGAGAGAAUGCCUGAGGUGAAACUGGAAGAAGUGCGUAGGUUUAUGGAGGAGAUCCUGAUGGCUGUAGACGUACCGGAGCGCGAGGCUAAAGCUCAUGCUGAUCUAUUACUUUACGCUGAUUCUGUUGGCCAUAAGAGCCAUGGACUGAACCGACUAAGGAAUUACGUAAACGAUUGUAAAACGGGCGCAUGCUGUCCAGCAGCUACGCCGACUAUCCUAAACGAAACAGAGGCGACUGCCUGGGUGGACGCUGGUCAUUCACUCGGUGCGACUACAGGAAACUUCUGCAUGGACCUCGCCAUCAAAAAGGCAAACAAAUGUGGCGUGGGAUGGGUCUCAGCUAAGAAUUGUACCCACAACGGCAUGGCUGGUUACUGGGCGAUGCAAGCCGAACGCCAAGGUUUUAUUGGUUUGACCUUUACAAAUUCUCCACCUGUGUUGGUACCGACCAGGUCUAAAGAGAGGGCUUUAGGCACGAACCCUAUUGCAAUGGCAGCUCCAGGAACCAACGGUGACCAACUAGGGGUGGACUUGGCUACUUCAACUGUCGCUUUAGGAAAGAUAGAAGUAUUCGCUCAAAAGAAUGAGCCUAUACCUUUGGGUUGGGCGCUGGAUCCUGAUGGACAUGCAACUACAGAUGCUAAGGCUGCGGUUAAAGCUGGACUGCUCAUGCCUUUGGGUGGAGAGGAGAAAAAUGGUGGCUUCAAGGGCUAUGCACUCGCCGUCAUGGUCGAGGUUCUCUGCAGUGGAUUAUCAGGGUCGAGCCCGUCGCAUAAAAUCCCCCAGUGGAAUCAGACUGAUUCCAAGAACCGGCUGAACCUCGGCCAGUGUUAUGUGGCCAUCAACCCCGAAUGCUUCGCCCCUGGCUUCCCUGACCGUCUCUCGGAAUAUCUUGACACAUUGAGGAAUUUGGAACCGGCUGACCCUACUCGCCCUGUGAUCGUACCCGGGGACAAGGCGCGAGAAAGACUGAAGAGUACCCAAGAACGAGGGACUGUGGUCUAUCCUCAAAAAGAGUUAGAUGAUAUGACAGAACUGGCCGAGCAGUACCAAGUCAGGCCUUUACAAGUAGUAUGAAAGCGGUAGAAUUUGAUAACUGUGGAUACACAUUAGUGGUAUUCAUGCCAUGAUAGUAUAUGGAGACGUGGGACUAAAUGAAUAUUUGCCAAUAAAUGAAACAUGUGUUGUUUUUCGGUCACCGGUGAUCCCCAUGGUGUUCAAAGGUUUAAAACAAAUUUCUGAAUGGUACAUGAGUUUUACGUAGCGAUUUUGUA